UCAGUGAUAACGGUUUUCAAAUCUUGAGUAUAGUUCUGUUUUACACGUUCGCCGCAAUUCUCGUCUCGCAUCGCAAAGCCGAUCACCUCUUCGUCGUAGUGUACGUCAAGUUCAGCUCGCACAAAGGUCUCCUAAUAAACGAUGUGCACCCAAGUAUAGUCAUCACAAGACUAUCAUUUCGUCACUGUUAUGCCGCGCAACGAUUACUUGGAUUACAAUUAUUGUUUCACUUGAAUAUUUGUGAAUCCGAUAAAAUACACAUUGCCAAGUAAACUUAUAUCAUAUGCGAUAAUGGACAUCACGCAUAAUUUAGACGGUGGAGUCUUGAAGGAGUUAUCACGGAAUGGCAUUGGAACCGACAAGCCACAUAAAGGAUGUAGAGUUUACGUUAAUUAUACUGGUACAUUAUCAGACGGUACAGUUUUUGACAAGACAAAAGAUUCACCGUUUCAAUUUACAAUUGGAAAAGAUAUGACUAUUAAAGGAUUUGAAUUGGCUGUAACCACAAUGAAUUUAGAUGAGAUCUCAAUAUUUAGGUGCCAUCCAGAUUAUGCUUAUGGCUCUGAUGGUUUUGAAAAAAUCAUCCCACCCAACUCAUGGCUCACAUUUGAAAUACAUUUAAUUAAAUGGUCAUGGGAAGAUAUCAGUCGUCGGAAAGAUGGAAGUAUUACUAGACAAAUAAUAGAACCUGGAAUAAAUCAUGCUACACCUAGUAGUAUUUCAUUAGUAAAUAUUCACUUAGAACAAGAACAAAAUGGCUGUGUUGUUGAUGAAAAAGAUGUAGAAUUUAGAUUAGGAGAAGGCAAAGCUUUUGGUAUUUGUCCUGGUAUAGAAAUAGCGUUAACUAAAUUUAAAUUGAAAGAGAAGUCAAGACUAUUUAUUCACGGAAAGCACUCUUUAGAAUUUAAAGAUGAUGAAAUUAAUGAAGUGUAUGUCAUUAAGCUUAAUUUUUUUGAAAAGUUUGAAGACAGUUGGUCGUUAACAAGUGAAGAUCGUAUUGAACAAGCUAAAUUUUUUAAGCAAAAGGGGACGGAUUAUUACAAAUUGGACAAUUAUAAAUUAGCCCUUAAAUUUUACAAGAAAAUGAUUGACUACUUAAAUGAUGAUGUUUCAAUAAAUGAAGAUCAAAUGAGAGAAAUCAAAUGUCUUACAGUUGUAUCUUACUUAAAUUCUGCUUUAUGUAAUCUAAAAUCAAAUAGACAUACUCAAGCUAAAAAUGAUUGUGAAAGUGCCUUACGUUUAGAACCUACAAAUAUCAAAGCUAUUUUUAGAAAAGGAGAAGCUUUGAUCGGCUUACAUGAAUUAGUUGCUGCUAAACAAUGUUUUGAAAUGGUAUUACAAUAUGAACCAAAUAACCGUGCAGCUACAGCAAAAAUAAAUGAAUGUGUUAAUAAAUUAAAAUCUCAAAAGAAAAUAGAAAAAUCGGUUUACUCAAAUAUGUUUGAAAAAUUUGCUAAGAGAGAUACUCAAAAAGAAGAAGAAUUUUUAAGUCAACAACCUGAUGUUAUGAACACACUUGGUGAGUGGGGCGAUGAUGAACGAGAACGUGCUCCUACUGAAUUUGAAAAAGAGAAUCCUAAUAUACUGAUGUUAAACACAACUGGUGAUUUUAAAAAUAUGUAAAAUAUACUUUUUCCACAAAGUA